AUGGUUAUUUUGGAAUUGUUUGUCUCAGCAUUCCUGAAAUUUGACGUACCAGUUGCCAGCCAAAUUAAUGCAAAGCUGUAUGGUGAGUCGGAAACUGAAGUUGAUGGAGAAGUGUUUGAGAAGGUGCUGACACAGCCAAGUCCUGGUGUUUUCACAAUCACACUGGACAACGAUACUGAUACUGGUAUGUGUUGGUUUUUCACAGUAAUAAAGUUAGAGGAGGGUUUAACUGUCGGCCUCUCCUUUGUAUAGAGCUGUGUUGCUUUCUCACAUUAAUUUUGAAUGUCUGUCUUUGUCAAAACCUUUGCAAUAAUCAACCACUUUGUGUGACAGUAUCUUCCCAGAUUACUUCCUCUUUUGCCAGUUCCUUGUUGGAGAUCUUGUCCAUUGAGUCGGAUGAUACUGUCAUUCUGAGCGAUGAUGGGAGCCCUUCAAGAAAACGACAGAGAGCUGAGGAUGAAGCUAAACAUGUACGUUUCUGA